AUGAUUUGAAAAGACUCCAGACAUGACAACGACCUGACUCCAGCUAUGUCACAGUACUUAACACUCCUGCUAGAUUUUCCUGUUGUAAUCGCUGCCAUUUUUGUCUCUGGCAUUGGAGGGACAUUUCAGUAUGGAUUCUCUAUAUCUGUGAUGAAUUCCCCCUCUGUUUUUAUAAAGGAGUUGGUGAACAAAACAUGUCUGCAGAGAUACAGUGUCUCCUUGGAGCAGUGGCAGAUCUCUCUCAUCUGGUCCUUCACUGUGUCUAUUUUCUGCAUCGGAGGGUUACUGGGGUCGGUGGUGGCGAGUCCGCUGAUCUCAAAAUAUGGCAGAAAGCAAUGCCUUUUGUUAAACAAUUUUGUGGCUAUAUUUGGAGCUGUGUUGAUGCUCUUGAGUCAGAAAGCCAUGUCCUUUGAGAUGAUCAUGCUGGGACGGCUUCUCUAUGGCAUCAAUUCAGGAGUCAUUCUGUCAGCUCACACGAUGUACCUCGUUGAAUGCGCCCCCACGAGGCUGCGAGGGAUGGUGGGUGUGACCAUCGGUACCUUCGUCUCCUUGGGGAAGUUCUGUGGUCAGCUGCUGGGGAUCAGUGAGUUACUUGGUACAGAGGAGAGGUGGCCCUGGCUGCUUGGCUUCAAUGGUUUCACUGCGUUACUUCAGCUCGCCACCCUGCCUUUCCUGCCAGAGUCUCCCAGCUUCCUGCUCCUGGAAAGAGGAGACCACCAGGCCUGCGAUAAAGCUUUAAAGAGGCUAUGGGGCAAUAAGGACUACAGCAGGGAGUUGGAGGAGAUGAUGAAGGAGAAGGCUGCCCUGCAGAGCGUCCACAUUCACUCGGUGAAGGAGCUGAUUCAGAACCAAACAGUUCGCUGGCAGCUCCUCACCAUCAUUGUUAGCAGCACCACACUGCAGCUCUGUGGCAUCAACGCUGUGUACUUUUAUUCUUUUGAUGUGUUUCGUGCGGCAGGAAUCCAAGAGCAGCAGAUACGUUACGCUGCUUUGGGAACAGGGCUGUGUGAGUUCUCCACCUCUGUAGCCUGUUUCAUGAUUAUUGAGAGCAUGGGGAAAAAAGUCCUGCUAGUCAGAGGAUACAUAGCAAUGUCGGCAACACUGGUUCUCCUCACCAUCACUCUGUACCUGCAAACUCAGGUCUCCUGGAUGCCGUACUGUAGCAUGGCGCUCAUUUUCAUAUUCAUAUUAUUUUUUGCCAGUGGACCAGCUGGAGUGACAGCUCCUCUUCCAGGGGAAAUCUUCACUCAGCCAUUUAAAUCAGCUGGAUACACCAUCGCCUGCACUCUCAACUGGACAGGCCUGUUUGUGUUGGGGAUGCUCUUCCCUAUCUUAGUGGAGAAUCUGGAUUACUUUUGCUUUCUCAUAUUCCUGAUGUUCUGCGUCUUUUGUGGGCUAUAUGUGAGGUUCAGCGUCCCGGAGACCAAGAAUCGGACAGCACUGGAGAUCGCUGCAGAGUUUGAGAGGAUGCACUGCAAACCUGGAGAAUCAAAGAAAAAAUCCACUGAUCGGAACCUCAAACGUCUCGCAGGACGAGUGCGGGACGAGUGCGAAAGGCCAGAGGUCGGAUGCGUGCGUCCACCCGUUGACAUCACCGACAAGUUAAUGGUCACAGGGAGGAGUUUCAGCCCGCGGAGCAAAACUGAAAACAACACUCGUGUCCACGCCUUCAAAAGGUUCGGGUAG